CGGGAAUACAACAGAGAAAUUUAUACGGUAAAAUUGCCUUUCCGGUGACAGAAUGUGUCUCGGCAUCUGGCAUACCCAGAACGAACAAUCAAUAUGUCCCUAGGCGUUGUGCGAGUUCCUCUCGACUCUUUGGAGUUCCCUCAUCGGAGGCAGAUCAGCUUUAAAGUACGGGAAAGACUUGGGAGAGUUUUUAAAAAUUUGUCCAAAGCAGGCGCUACUGAGGUUCGUCUACCAUGCACCGUGGAAGAAGGAAAGUUUGGACAGAUCCUAGCGCAUUUGGGGCUCUCUGCCGAUCAGCUCCGUGGAACUGGGAGGAAAGGGCAAAAGGACUUGCCUCUUCUUACCGGCAUCCGAUUGUCAUGCCUCUACGGCGAGUAUCUUGUUGCGGCGACCAAGGGCAACAAAGAGACUUCGCUGGUCAUUCAUCUGUUCUCCGCGGAUCUGCUCGAUCCGUUGCUCGAACUCAUUUCCGCAUUCUCCCAUGAGCCACAACAAUCGGAUGGAGAACUGUACCAGAAGAUCGUGGAGAGCUACCGCCGCGAUGAGGUCACAUACGCACUCUGUAUGGGCUCCCUCACGGGGCCUAAAGAGCGUAACAUGAGGAUGCUUCUGAGGCCCAAGAACCUGCCUAUGGUCAAAGCCUUAAACAGUUUAUUCGAAAUCCCAGCCAUGAUGGAGCAAUUGCUCCUCGGGAACAUCCAUAAAUGGCUUGCUUUGCACAUGGAUGAGCAGAUUAUAAACUACCUCAACCACAUUUCCGUGGUGUGGAAGGAGAAGAUAUGCGAGGGAAAGAUGAUUCUCAUGCAGUCUCUCGACAUUGACAGCAUUCGUAUGGUUCAGUUCCGAAUGCCUACGGUCUGUUCGGGAGACGCGGAUACGAUCGAGCGCCUGUUUGACAACGGCACGCUAUUUCCUAGCGUGACCGAUCCCAGCGGCAGAGAUAUGCUGCGACGAAAUGUUCUUUCCCUCGACAUGGUUAUACCGAGUUUCGAAAUACUUCAGGAGAACAUGCAUUACGUUGGUUUUGCAGCCAGGAUCCUGAUUCGACACGUCGUCGACGAGCUGCCAUUAUGCAAGAGCAGCAAGAGGAGGAGCCCUACCAUCUUUGAAGUCCUUUCCAGCACUUGGACGGCCCCAGUGGUUGCGCAGGUGGAGGCCAACGAUGGCGAGUUGCCGGAGAUUGAGGGGCCAGCAUCGCCUUCUCUCGCAUUCAUGCAGCUUUGUUUAGCUUGCUUGCGGCUCUUCCCGUGGCUUCAGGAUGCCCUCCCGCCCCGCGAAGACUGGCCGGAAGACAGCUUUAAGGCCGAGGUCAACACGCAAUGCGUCGCAUAUCUCCUGCACCUGGCCUUCGAAAUCGGUUUUCGAACGUCCAAAACUCAAGCCGCCGGGUCCCAAGCUACUUAUGCUGGCCCCAAGCCCCCUCAUGCUUCCUUGUGGCGGAAGAUACCGGACUGGAGAGGUGGCAGGCCUUUCACUCGGAGAUUCUGGUAUCUACGAGCAAACGGGUUCCUCCCCAGACUAGCUACGACGAGGCGUCGUCAGCCCAAUCCCGAAUUCGUCUUGCGCGAUAUGAUGACGGCGUUCUUCGGAGAGCAUGCCUCUAUUUUCCGACAGGGUCUAGAAGACACGGAAGAUAUGGAAGAUACGCUUAUGGAUGACGUCGUUGGCGACGGUAGUGCUCUGGGGCCGGAGGACGAGCAGGGAGGCGCGCCUACAGUUGCCCGUCGUGCUCCGGGGGACAAGAUCCGACCAAGAUCCCUCUACUUUGGAUCGGCUGCAAAAGCGAGGCACAACAAGGCGACUUCCGUGACUGCAAAGGCACCCCAACAAGACGCUGCGGGCAUCCCAAGACGCGAAGCAGCUCGAUCCGUCAUUGGACGAUAGGUCAUGAUACGUGGCGUAGCCAAAAAAGCCGCAGGCGGUGGCGGAGCAGUCCCUGCCUCAAAUAUCUUUGCCCAAUUUAUGCGAAUUACGCCGGGUCGCGAAGCGGCGCAGAGUGCCGGGGUCGCACCUCUUCAACUGACAGACUCGUCUGCACCUGAAACAUCGCACCAGGCAGCCGUCCAGGAUACACAGA